CGUCUUUCCCGGAUUUCUUUCUCCUUCUCUAAAAACGGUCUUCUCGUGGACGCGGUUUCUCCCUCUCGUUCUCCUUCAUUCUCCCUCUCUCGUUGCUCUAGAUCUCUGGUUGCUUCAGAUUGGUUUCCAGGUGUGCGAAAUAGGGUGAUGGAUUCGUUGCUUCCGUUUGGCACGUGGGAAUUCAGGCUCUUGGUUUGUCGAUUCGAGGAUUUUUUGGAGUAGGAAUUGAUCGCAUUUGGUUCUGGGGUUCGUCUUAGAGUUUGGACGAGAGAACUUGGUGGAAAUGGGGCGAACCUUGAAAGUGAGGAAUUCGACCAUCAGGGUUUCUCUGUUCUGCUAAUUUACGGGGCGAAUUUUACGUUCACGGAAUGGUACUUUCUUGCUAGUGCUGCGAAGAUGGACACAAGAAGUUGGUUUCAGAAAUUCCAGCCAAGGGACAAGCUGAAAGCUUCAGGAAAAAAGAAGGAAACGGAGAUCGAGAGAUAUGGUCAAAAACAGGUGGAUGACGAGGCUCCCUCGACCAUCACGAAUCAGAAAGUUGCCGCUGCGAAGCAGUAUAUUGAGAACCACUAUAAAGCUCAAAUGAAGAGCUUGCAAGAUCGGAAGGAGAGGCGGUGGAACUUGGAGAAGAAGCUGGCUGAUGCAGAAGUAUCUGAAGAAGAGCAAUACAACCUUCUGAAAUAUCUGGAACAAAAGGAAACUGAGUAUAUGCGCCUCCAGAGGCACAGGAUGGGUGUCGAUGAUUUUGAUCUCCUUACUAUAAUAGGGAGGGGUGCAUUCGGAGAGGUAAGGGUUUGUAGAGAAAAGGCUAGUGGCAAUGUUUAUGCUAUGAAGAAGCUGAAAAAGUCAGAGAUGCUACGCCGAGGACAGGUGGAGCAUGUCAAAGCAGAAAGAAACCUUCUUGCUGAGGUUGAUAGUCCUUGCAUUGUGAAGCUGUAUUGUUCAUUUCAAGAUGAAGAAUUUCUGUACCUAAUAAUGGAGUAUCUUCCUGGUGGUGAUAUGAUGACAUUACUUAUGCGCAAAGAUGUACUGACAGAAGACGAGGCUAGAUUUUAUGUAGGUGAGACAGUCUUGGCUAUUGAGUCAAUCCACAAGCAUAAUUACAUACACAGAGAUAUCAAGCCAGACAAUCUAUUGCUUGAUAGAUUUGGACAUCUAAAGCUUUCAGAUUUUGGAUUAUGUAAGCCAUUGGACUGUAGUAGUUUCCCUACUCUUAGUGAGAGUGAUUCUGUUGGAAGAAAUCUGAAGUCCUCAGCUGGUGAUGGUAUUUCAAACAGUUCUCCAGCACCUAAACGCACACAGCAGGAGCAACUGUUACAUUGGCAAAGGAACAGGCGCAUGCUGGCUUAUUCUACAGUUGGCACACCUGAUUACAUUGCUCCUGAAGUUCUUUUGAAGAAGGGUUAUGGAAUGGAGUGUGACUGGUGGUCUCUUGGUGCUAUCAUGUAUGAGAUGCUUGUGGGUUAUCCACCAUUUUAUUCUGAUGAGCCAAUGGCAACUUGUAGAAAGAUUGUGAAUUGGAGGACGCACUUAAAAUUCCCUGAGGAAGCAGAUCUAUCUGCUGAAGCUAAAGACCUAAUCAGCAAAUUACUAUGCAAUGUUGAACAAAGACUGGGUACAAAGGGUGCCGAUGAAAUAAAGUCACAUCCAUGGUUUAAAGGAGUCAAAUGGGACAAAUUGUCUCAGAUGGAGGCUGCAUUUGUGCCACAGGUCAAUGAUGAGUUAGACACUCAGAACUUUGAGAAGUUCGAGGAGUCGGGGGGACCUAUCCCGACGUCAUCCAGAUCAGGUCCAUGGAGAAAGAUGCUUUCAUCUAAGGACGUGAAUUUUGUAGGCUACACAUACAAGAACUUUGAUAUUGUGAAUGAUCAACAGAUGCCUGGAAUUGCAGAGCUGAAGAAAAAGAGCAAGCCAAAGAAGCCAUCAAUCAAGUCAUUGUUUGACCCUGCUGCUAGCCCCAACCAACCUGUUCAAGGAAGCUUCCUUAGUCUACUGUCUACUCCUCUGGAGGUCUCUGAAAGCCCAGAUGAUGAUUCACCACCACCCAACGCAAGAUCUUCGCUUCAGCCUUAAUAGUGAGUUUGAGCAAACCUGGCGUGUUAGUCAAGAAAUUGUUUGCCUCAGAAUUUUGUAGCAAAAGAUGCCGCAAGCAGGUCUCCCGUCUUUUCUUGGUGUGUAAGCCUUCAAUUCAAAGGCUUUUACAGUUUGAAUGGACCAUAUAUCACUCUAAGAGCAUUCAGCUUAAGCAAAGGAGAGAGCGGGCUUUAUUGGUGUAGCUGCUUUGUAAAUCUUGAUGUGGAAAAGAGAAUUGAAGGCUCGCUUUGUAAAUGUCAACGAUAGCCAGAUAUGUGUUUUCUCUGUCUGUGUGUUUGCAGAACAUGGCAUAUGAAAAAUGGGGAAGUUUAUUAUAAUUUUACAAUAUACAGUUUUCUGCA